GGCGGUCCGGAGUUUUGCCCUACGCGGAAACGGCUUCCCGCACACGCUCUGCUCAUGCCCGGAGUCCCGCAGUCGAAGGACUUGCCCCAGAAGGCAAGAUGGCGACCCAGCCUACGGCGAGACGCUCCUCCCAGCAUGCCUAGCGGCUGGGCCGGAGCCGAGGCGGAGUGAUGGGGAUCCGGCGGGACCCUGCGAGUAGCCGGGGCUGAGGCGCAGCAGCGGUCCUGGGCGUUGGACGCUCGCCCGAGAGCCGAAAUGGAGACGUGGCGUUGUGUGCGGAGGGGCUACGGCCGCUGUGUGGCGGGGCGAGGCCGGUACUCCAUGUUUCCCUAUCCUCUGAAGAGUUGGGGUCGGGACUGGACCACACCGUGGGAGGAUCUGCAGAGGUAUUGCUGGAACAGACACAUUUCCAGUGGUCUGAGGUGGCCUGGACACUACUCACGUGCGCCUUACCCAUACUUGAGCAGCAGGCAUUUCUCACUGAACUGUAGACCACCUCUUCUGGUUGACUCUGGGACUCAGUUUCAGUUCUAUAACUGGAGACCUGACCGUCUGCACAGCACAUCCCUGUUCCAUCUCUCCAGUGACGUCAUGAGCUCUGACAGAGAUGAGCCCUCAUCCAAACGGAGGAAACGCCAUGGAACAAUAAAAAGGAAUUGGGAGUAUUUAUGUAGCCAUAAUAAAGAAAAACUGAAGGACGGAGAAGACAAGAAUGCCGACUCCACGUGUGAGGACAGUGAAGGAAAGUUCGACUUUUCAGUGAUGUCUUACAAUAUACUCUCCCAAGACUUACUGGAGGGUAACUCACACCUCUACAGACACUGCCGACGUCCAGUGUUACACUGGAGUUUUCGGUUCCCCAAUAUCCUGAAAGAAAUCAAACAUUUUGAUGCAGAUGUGCUUUGUCUGCAGGAAGUUCAGGAAGAUCAUUAUGGAACAGAAAUCAGGCCGAGUCUGGAGUCACUGGGUUAUCACUGUGAAUAUAAGAUGAAGACAGGAAGGAAACCUGAUGGCUGUGCCAUUUGCUUCAAACAUGCCAAAUUUUCACUCUUAUCCGUGAACCCAGUGGAAUUCUGCCGCCGUGACAUUCCUCUGUUGGACAGAGACAACAUUGGAUUAGUGUUACUCCUACAGCCCAAGAUGCCACGUGCUGCCUCUCCCUCCAUCUGUGUAGCUAACACACAUCUGCUGUAUAACCCACGGCGAGGUGAUAUUAAGCUGACUCAGUUGGCAAUGCUGCUAGCAGAGAUUUCUAGUGUGGCCCAUCGGAAAGACGGCAGCUUCUGUCCCAUCAUCAUGUGUGGUGACUUUAAUUCUGUUCCUGGUUCUCCACUCUAUAGUUUCAUAAAGGAAGGAAAAUUGAAUUAUGAAGGACUUGCAAUUGGAAAGGUAUCUGGCCAGGAACAGUCUUCUCGGGGACAGAGAAUCUUAUCUAUUCCAAUUUGGCCCCCAGACCUGGGCAUCUCCCAGAGCUGUGUGUAUGAGACACAGCAGGUUCCCAGAGCAGGAAAGACAGACAGCAGUCUGACGGAGACCCCGUUGGAGAAGGCAGAGGUCGGAGUGUCAGCUGGAAACGUGUCUUCACAUCUCCAGCACCACUUCAGCUUGUCGUCUGUCUACUCUCACUUCCUUCCUGACACUGGACUUCCAGAGGUGACCACUUGCCAUUCCCAGAGCGCCAUAACUGUUGAUUAUAUUUUCUACUCUGCAGAAAAGGAGGACGCUGUUCAGGGUCCAGGAGCUGAAGUUGCUUUGGUUGGUGGCUUGAAACUUCUAGCUAGACUGUCGCUUCUUACAGAGCAAGACCUGUGGACUGUGAAUGGGCUUCCCAAUGAACACAACUCCUCAGACCACCUGCCUCUGCUGGCUAAGUUCAGGCUGGAGCUCUGACUCAGUGCUCACUCACACAGCUUCCUGUCUUCUCAAAGACUAUAAAGAUACUGUUUGCAUGAUACUCAGUUUUGUGCUGUGGGAUAUGCCUUGAACUUGCUUGAGCAGAUUGGAAGGAACAAGUUUACAACAGCUUUUUAAUGGAAUAUUUUUCUGACAACUGAUGUCUAAACACUUUAUUGUAAAAGAUAGAAAUAACUUUUAAGUCCUGGUAAAGUUAACAGCAUUUUUAAACGUAGUUCCUCUCUUUGGCCCUCCAGCUACGAACUUAGUGUUCUUCAGUACAUCCAGUGGACUUCCGGUACUAGCGGAGCUCAGGCGUUGCCUCUCAUGGAGGUCUGGUUCACUGGGAGAAGUCUGUGCUCACUGAGAGCUAAUCAUUUCUUAGGAGUCACUGGUCAUUCAGUCACAGGUGUCCAACCACAGUAGCUCCUCCAGAGGUUGAUGGUGCUCUUGAGUUGUACAACAUGCUGACCCACUUCACUUCCAUCCUGAGCUGUGGGAUAUGCCUACACUUUGUUGGGGAAAUACUUGAGAAAUAUAGAUCACUCUCAUAAGAGGGCAAAGCCCUUA